AUGAUGAACACUUCUUCCUUCAAAGACUAUGGAAAAAUCAACGAGGCGGAUCAAGCGCGUCUCGAGGCUCGUAGAAGGACCAGGAAGAGAAUCGCAAUCAUAAGUCUGUCCUCAAUAGUUUUGGUGGCUAUUGUUGUUGCAGCUGUGGUGGGAGCUUCACUAGGCAAAGAUGGUGGAGGAGGUGACAAAGCUAGUACUAGCUCUCUAUCAACUUCAGUAAAAGCUGUUUGUGAUGUUACAUUAUACAAGGACUCUUGUUACAGCAGUCUUGGUUCUGUUCUUGCCAAUGAUUCAACUACUCCAAUCCAACCUGAAGAGCUAUUCAAGUUGUCAAUUCAAGUAGCCAAGAAUGAACUCUCAAAGGCUCAACAACAUUUCUCCAAAGACAACAUCUUGAGUGGCGUAAACGACGUGAUUUCUGUCGCGGCGUUUGAUAAUUGCCUUGAUCUGUUGAGCUUGGCAUUGGAUCAUCUUGAUGAUUCAUUGAGUUCCUCUGUUGGUUCUGUUCUUGAUGUUCUCGACGACCUCAAAACGUGGUUAAGUUCAACAUAUACUUACUUACAAACAUGUGUUGAUGGUUUUGAUGAAGUUAAAAUAAAGGCUAGUGUUCAAGAUUAUCUGAAGAGCUCAAGUGAACUGUCAAGUAACAGCCUUGCUAUUGUUACCUGGAUUUCCAAGGUUGCUAGCGCGGUGAAGUUGAGGAGGCUGAUGAGUUUUUCCGAGCCAGAGUGGGCGAAUUCACAUGAUCGGAUGCUGCUUCAGAGUCUGGAUUUGAAGAAGAAGGCAGAUGCUGUUGUGGCUAAAGAUGGUUCAGGCAAGUACAGGACAAUUGGGGAUGCACUCAAAGCUGUUCCUGAUAAAAGCAAGAAGAGACUUGUUAUCUAUGUCAAAAAGGGUGUUUAUGUUGAGAACGUACGCGUGGAGAAGGAGAAGUGGAAUGUCACCAUUGUUGGCGAUGGAAUGAACUCAACAAUUGUCUCGGGAAGCAAGAAUUUCAUCGAUGGAACUCCGACCUUUUCGUCUGCAACAUUUGCUGUGUUUGGCAAAGGCUUCAUUGCUAGAGAUAUUGGAAUCAGAAACGCUGCAGGUCCAAGCAAGCACCAGGCAGUAGCCCUAAUGUCAACUGCUGAUCAAUCCAUUUUCUACAGAUGCAACAUUGAUGCAUACCAGGACUCUCUCUAUGCACACUCCAACCGCCAAUUCUACCGCGAAUGCAACAUCUAUGGAACUGUCGAUUUCAUUUUCGGAAAUUCUGCAGUUGUGAUACAAAACUGCAACAUACUACCUAAGAGACCAAUGCCUGGACAACAGAACACAAUUACUGCACAAGGCAAGGUUGAUAUCAACCAGAACACAGGAAUUUCAAUCCAGAAUUGCACAAUUAGGCCUUUUGAAGACAUGUCGUCGGUCCAAACAUACCUCGGACGGCCAUGGAAGAAUUACUCAACAACUGUAUACAUGAGUUCAAUGAUGAACGGCUUCAUUGACCCCCAAGGAUGGUUGCCAUGGACAGGCAAUACUGCACCAAGUACCAUAUAUUAUGCAGAAUUUCAGAACUCCGGACAAGGUUCUUCGACCCAAAAUAGGGUCAAAUGGAAGGGUUUGAGAAGUAUUACCCACAAAGAUGCUAGUAAAUUUACAGUGCAAUCACUCCUUCAAGGGCAGAAGUGGAUAGGAGAUGCUGGUGUUAGCUACAAGCCUGGUCUAUAA